CCACCAAACAAAAAACCCACCUCUUCGACCCGUCCCUUGCGCCGGUCGAAUCUCCUUCCCAAACUCGCCCACCAUAGCUUCCAUCUUCACUCGUCUUUUCGGCUCCUUCGCCGGCCCCUCCCCCGCCACCAUGGCCUCCGCAAAGACCAAGGCUCAGAACCUGAUCAACGAGAAUGGCGUCGUCGUCUUCUCCAAAUCCUACUGCCCCUACUGCGUCGCCAGCAAGCGCCUCCUCAACGAUCUGGGCGCCGAGUACAAGGUCCUGGAGUUGGAUCAGAUCUCCGACGGCCAAGCCAUCCAGGAUGCUCUGUACGAGAUCUCCUCGCAGAAGACCGUGCCCAACAUCUUCAUCAGCCAGAAGCACAUCGGCGGCAACUCGGAUCUGCAGGGCAAGGACCGCGCGCAGCUGAAGCAGUUGUUGACGGCUGCGGGGGCUUUGAAGGCUUAGAUUUCCACCCAGGGGUAAUAGGGUGGAUCAUGUCGGGGAGAUAGAAUUAGGUUGAAUAUACUUUGGUUAUUGUUCGA